AUGGGUGUCACCACCGCUGUUGCCACCAAUGGCACCACUGUUGUCACCACCAACGUCACCACCAAUGGCACCAUGGGUGUCACCACAGAUGUCACCACUGAUAUCACCACAGCUGUCCCCACAGAUGUCACCACCAAUGGCACCACAGAUGUCACCACGGGUGUCACCACUGUUGUCACCAUCAAUGGCACCACGGGUGUCACCACCACCAUCACCACCAAUGGCACCACAGAUGUCACCACUGAUGUCCCCACGGGUGUCACCACCAAUGGCACCAUGGAUGUCACCACUGAUGUCACCACAGCUGUCACCACUGUUGUCACCACCAAUGGCACCACGGAUGCCACCACCGAUGUCACCACCGUUGUCCCCACCGCCACGAGGAGGACGUCUGUCACCACCCGGAGCACCAGAAGGACCGGAGGCACCGCCGUCCCCACAACCACGGAUGUCACCACCAAUGGCGCCACAGAUGGCACCACGGAUGUCACCACGGGUGUCACCACUGUUGUCACCACCAAUGGCACCACGGGUGUCACCAUGGGUGUCACCACCGCUGUUGCCACCAAUGGCACCACUGUUGUCACCACCAACGUCACCACCAAUGGCACCAUGGGUGUCACCACAGAUGUCACCACUGAUAUCACCACAGCUGUCCCCACAGAUGUCACCACCAAUGGCACCACAGAUGUCACCACGGGUGUCACCACUGUUGUCACCAUCAAUGGCACCACGGGUGUCACCACCACCAUCACCACCAAUGGCACCACAGAUGUCACCACUGAUGUCCCCACGGGUGUCACCACCAAUGGCACCAUGGAUGUCACCACUGAUGUCACCACAGCUGUCACCACUGUUGUCACCACCAAUGGCACCACGGAUGCCACCACCGAUGUCACCACCGUUGUCCCCACCGCCACGAGGAGGACGUCUGUCACCACCCGGAGCACCAGAAGGACCGGAGGCACCGCCGUCCCCACAACCACGG